UAGCAUUGCAAUCUGAAAUCUGUUCCUAAUUGUCGCUAAAUUUACUAUGUUACGAGCAAAACAUCCGCAGUUUUAAAUCAUUUUAGGAGAGAGUACACCCUCAAUCAGUAUUAUGCUUCAGUUUAUGCUCCUAUUCAGCCGACAAGGCAAGCUGCGUUUGCAGAAAUGGUACACACCACAUCUAGAAAAGCAAAAGAAAAAGAUAACAAGGGAACUCAUCGCAACAGUACUAACGAGAAAACCCAAAAUGUGCAAUUUCUUGGAGUGGAGAGAUUAUAAAAUUGUGUACAAGAGGUAUGCCAGUCUUUAUUUUUGCUGUGCCAUUGAAGAGAAUGACAAUGAACUCUUGACACUGGAGAUCAUCCAUAGAUAUGUGGAGCUUCUGGAUAAAUACUUUGGUAGUGUUUGUGAGCUAGACAUCAUAUUCAACUUUGAGAAGGCCUACUUCAUGCUCGACGAGCUAAUGCUAGGCGGAGAGAUUCAGGAGACGAGUAAAAAGAACGUCCUCAAGGCGAUACAAGCACAGGAUCUAUUGUCAGAGCCUGAUUUUUAUGAAGUUAACUGAUCCUUGGAGCAAAUGCCUUCUCAAGUAACCAGCAAAGAGUUGGAGGCGACCCGCAAUGCCUUGGAAGAAAUGGGUUUUCUGUAGCUCCUUACUCGACCUUCAACCUCCUCCUCCUCCCCCUUCUCCUUCUCAACCCGCUUACUCCGCUAGCUGUACAAUGUAGUCAUACCUGGAUAGAAAGUCCGCCCAAGGGAGAAUCAAAGCAGUUUUUAAGUUUAGAGGUCUUUGUAUACAGGUUCUUGUGGUACAUGUAGAACCAGUGCUUUAACGACCAAAUGCUGGUGCUGUAGACAAUUAAAAUGCAUGUAAGCUAAGUUCUAAGUUACAAUUCAUCGGCUA